AUGACUGCCUGUUAUUUAUCUAAAGACAAACAAAUUGAAUUAGCUCAAAUAGCUCAAAGUCUAGCUACAUCUGGCAAAGGAAUUUUAGCUGUAGAUGAGCCAGCAGAUGUUAUUGAAUCACGUUUUUCACCAGUAAAUAUUGAAAAUAAUGAAGAAACUCGUCGGUAUUAUCGUCAAUUAUUAUUUCGUACAAAAAAAUCUUCACAAUAUAUAAGUGAUAUUAUAUUAUGUCAUGAAACAUUUCAUCAUAAAACUGAUGAUGACAAUACACCAUUUCCUCGUUUAUUAAAAGACAAUGGUAUUAUAACAGGUAUUACAGUUGAUAAAGGUUUGGAAGAACAAUGUCGAGAAUAUAAAAAACUUGGUGCACAAUUUGCUAAAUGGCGAGCUGUGAUUAAAAUUAGUCAUCAUGCUCCAUCACAAUUAACUAUUAAUGAAAAUGCAUCAACACUUGCUCGAUACGCUUCAAUUUGUCAACAGUGUGGUCUUGUACCUAUUGUUGAACCAGAAGUAUUACAAGAUGGUGAUCAUGAUCUUGAAGAAUGUCAACGUAUAACUGAAAAAGUUUUAGCAACAGUUUAUAAAGCAUUAAAUGAUCAUCAUGUUUACCUUGAAGGAACACUUCUUAAACCUAGCAUGGUUACUCCAGGUAAACAUUCAACAAAAAAAUAUUCCGUUGAACAAGUUGCAGAAGCAACUGUUGUUACACUUCGUCGAACAGUGCCAGCUGCUGUACCAGGAAUAAUGUUUCUUUCUGGUGGACAUAAUGAAGAAAAUUCUACAAUUUAUUUGAAUGCUAUUAAUCGUGUUGAACUUUGUAAACCAUGGAUAUUAUCGUUUAGUUAUGGACGUGCACUUCAAUCAUCAGUUUUACGUGCUUGGAAAGGUGAUAAGACUAAUGAUGAACAAGCACGAAAAGAAUUUAUUCGUUUAGCUAAACAAAAUAGUCUUGCUUCGUUGGGAAAAUAUGAAGCAGCCGCUUAA